AUGGAGAACUUACCUGCAGGGGCAAUGAGAACUGGUGCGAGUUUCUUGUUGAGAGUGAGUCAGGUCGUCUGCUCCGUCGCCGCCGUGCUAUUCAUGUGCGCCGCCGCUGGGCUUCUGGUCAUUGUGAUGGGGGCGCUGAUACCCUGGAGCGUCACGAUGGCAGUUGUAGACGCUUUCCUCGUCUUCAUCCGGGCUCUAGCUCCCCGACCAAGGGUAAUUCUGAUGGUCGUUAUAAUCGAUUGGAUACUCGCAAUGCUGUCGCUUGCUGCUUCCUGUGCAGCAGCUAGCACAGCAGAUUUCCUGUAUCCCCGCCACGACAGCUCCAACGAUACAACAUCGUGGAGCCCUCAUUGCAUCUCGGCUGUUGUAACCUUGCUGUGUUUUGCAUCAAUGUCAGAAGUUCUUAGGAGAGAUUCUGUUGGUAUUUUUCGGAAGAAGAAGAAGAAGCUCUGA